CUGUUUCAUUAUAAGAUUAGAUUAGAUAAUAGAGUAGUGAAUAGAGAUUCUCCGAAACUCAGUUCUAGAAAAAGUAUUGAGGGCGUUUCAAGCCAAGAACCCCACAUGCAAAGAGUGAAUAAUAACAAUAUAUAUAUAUAUAUAUUUUUUUUUUUUUUUUGUAAAUGGCCCUUUUAGGGGACAUUAUUAUGACGGCACAGUGACCAUGUUCGUACUUUUUCCUCAGAUGGGCAUGAGUGGUUUUGGUCCUUUGUGGCUCGUUCACUGUUGAAUUUUUGGAAUCUUUUUUCUUGGUGGGUUUUGAGUUUUUGUGCGUAGAGAAAAGAAAAGUGUUUUAUUAGUAGCAAACAGUUGUGAUUUUUGUUUUCUGGGUCAGGGAAAUUGGAGGGGUUGACCUAAAUUUGCUUUGUUGUCUUGAUUAGGGAAUUUUUCUGGUUUGAGAUUUGCAGAUUUGGGUCUGUGGGGUAGGAGUUUAUGGAGUGGUUUUAGUGUUAUUUUUGUUCUUAACAGAUUCAACAAGAUUUAACUUGUUUUUUCUCCUGUUAUAUCUAGUUGUAGAUUUAGGAACAAAUUCAGUGGUGUUUUUUUUUGGGUAAUCAGAUCAGAAGAAGAGCUACAUUGCGCUUCUGUUCAAGUUUUUGUUCGAUUUUGAGCAUUUUCUUGCAUAUUCUUGUUCCAAAGAGGCGUUUGAGGGAAAAGAUUUUCUGGGUUCACUUUAGUUUGCCUGUGAGGCUUCUCUAGACUGGGAAUUUACUUGGAGACAGUGAUUUGAAGUUGAGAGCUUGUUUUUGUGAGGAAAAUGGCUUGCGUGAAAUUGGGGUCGAAAAGUGAUGCGUUCCAAAGGCAAGGACAGGCCUGGUUCUGCACCACCGGCCUUCCUAGUGAUAUUGUCGUUGAAGUUGGAGAAAUGUCAUUCCAUCUUCACAAGUUCCCUUUGCUCUCUAGGAGCGGAGUGAUGGAAAAAUUGAUUGCGGAAGCAUCUGAAGAAGCAGAAGAAGGAUGUGUCGUGAAGCUCCCAGACAUUCCUGGCGGGGCCAAAACUUUCGAAUUGGUAGCCAAGUUUUGUUACGGUGUGAAACUCGAACUCGCUGCGUCAAAUGUUGUAUACCUGCGAUGUGCUGCUGAGAGUCUUGAAAUGGCUGAGGACUAUGGAGAGGGUAAUUUAAUUGCACAGACAGAAGCGUUCAUCAAUCAAGUAGUCCUUCGGAAUUGGAAAGACUCUCUGAAGGCACUACAAACCUGCGACGACAUUCUCCCUUAUGCUGAAGAUCUCAACGUUACAAAAUGGUGCAUUGAGUCACUAGCCACAAAAGCGUCCACUGACCCGAACCUAUUUGGGUGGCCCAUGAGGGAACAUGGGGGGCCCAUGCAGAGCCCUGGCGGGAGUCUCUUGUGGAAUGGCAUCAGUACUGGGGCUAGACCGAAGAAUUCAAGUUUAGAUUGGUGGUAUGAAGAUGUAUCAACCUUAAGCUUUCCUCUGUAUAAGAGGUUGAUUUCCGUCAUGGAAACUCGCGGCAUCAAACAGGAAAUUAUUGCAGGAUCCAUCACUUUUUAUGCAAAGAAGUAUCUUCCUGGUCUCAAUCGCCGUCAGGCAAGCAGCGAGUCUAGUAGCCGUCUUGGGCCUGUGUCUUUGGGGACACCACCAUCAGAAGAAGAGCAGAAGGCCUUACUUGAAGAAUUUGAUAGGUUACUUCCUGUGCAGAAGGGUCUAGUCCCGACCAAGUUCCUGUUUGGUCUUCUUCGAACAGCUAUGAUUCUUCGAGCAAAUCCUUCUUGCAUAUCAAAUCUGGAGAAAAGGAUUGGAAUGCAGCUCGAUCAAGCCACUCUAGAAGAUCUCUUGAUGCCCAAUUUCUCUAAUACCAUGGAAACGCUUUAUAAUGUUGACUGCGUGCAACGGAUUUUGGGGCAUUUCCUUGCCAUGGAUCAGGUCACGGGUGGCGCCUCUCCAUGUUCAAUUGAUGAUGGCCAGCUGAUCGGGUCGCCUUCACUGACACCAAUCACAAUGGUUGCCAAGCUCAUUGAUGGGUACCUUGCGGAGGUUGCUCCUGACGUUAAUCUGAAGCCUCCCAAAUUUCAGGAGCUUGCUGCCGCUGUUCCAGAGUAUGCUAGACCUUUGGAUGAUGGUCUUUAUCGUGCUAUAGAUAUAUUUCUGAAGUCACACCCAUGGUUGGCGGAGUCGGACAGAGAACAACUUUGCAGGUUAAUGGACUGUCAGAAGCUCUCUGUAGAAGCAUGCACCCAUGCGGCACAGAAUGAGAGGCUACCCCUCAGAAUAGUCGUUCAAGUUCUCUUCUUUGAGCAGCUUCAGCUCAGGACUUCCAUUGCUGGCUGCUUUCUGGUUUCGGACAAUCUGGAUGGAUCAAGACAGUUGAGAAGUGGAUUUGCCGGAUCCAAUGAGGGAGGCUGGGCCUCAGCAGUGAGGGAGAAUCAGGUCUUGAAGGUCGGGAUGGAUAACAUGCGAAUGCGGGUGUCUGAGCUUGAGAAGGAAUGCUCGAACAUGAGGCAAGAGAUCGAGAAGUUAGGACGGGUGAAGGGUACUUCCUCGUCUAGCGCAUGGGGCAGUGUAUCUAAGAAAUUUGGGUUCAAGUUAAAGUCUCAGAUGUGCAGUGCUCAAGAGGGAUCGGUUAGCAACCAGCAUCAAUGGCAAGGGAAAGUUGAAAAGUUGAAAGAGAGGCAUGGAAAGAAUAAGAAAACCUCCUCUAAGAAUGAGUAAAGGUGUAAUUUUAUUUUCUUCCCCUUUGUUUAUUGCUCCUUAACCUUGUACACUUUUACUUGUUUGAGUUAUUGUUUUUAGGCAAGUCAUUUUUAGUUUCACUUUGAAAAACUCAAUUGGUUCUCUUUGUUGUAUUUGUCUUAAUGGUUUCUAGAUGAUCAUCUCUAAUGUUGUGUAGUGGACUGUGGAUAUGGAAAAGUCAAUUCUGUAAUUUGCAUUUCUUGUAAUUGUAUCAAGGCUCUC